AUGUGGGCGCCCCGGAAAACAGGGCUCUUUGACAUUCUUUCAUUGCCGCUGGUCGUGGCAGUGAUGUGCUGUGCCCAGAGCGUCAACGAACCGGGGAACAUGUCUUACGUCAAGGAGACUGUGGACAAACUGUUGAAAGGAUAUGAUAUUCGUCUUCGGCCAGACUUUGGAGGUCCACCGGUUGCUGUUGGCAUGAGUAUAGACGUGGCAAGUAUAGACAUGGUGUCAGAAGUCAAUAUGGACUACACGUUGACUAUGUACUUCCAGCAGUAUUGGAGAGAUAAGAGGCUGGCCUAUGCAGGGAUCCCUCUCAACCUGACGCUGGACAACAGAGUGGCAGACCAGCUCUGGGUCCCAGACACCUACUUCCUCAACGACAAGAAGUCCUUUGUUCACGGUGUCACUGUUAAGAACCGUAUGAUUCGACUACAUCCGGACGGCACUGUUCUCUACGGCCUCAGAAUCACGACGACAGCAGCCUGCAUGAUGGAUCUGAGGAGGUACCCGCUGGACGAACAGAACUGCACUCUGGAAAUUGAGAGUUAUGGCUACACGACAGAUGAUAUAGAGUUCUACUGGAAAGGAGGAGACACUGCUGUGACCGGGGUGACACGAAUCGAGCUCCCUCAGUUCUCCAUAGUCGACUACAAACUGGUUUCCAGAAACGUGGUCUUUUCCACAGGUGCCUACCCUCGACUGUCUCUGAGCUUCAAGCUGAAGCGAAACAUCGGAUACUUCAUCCUGCAGACGUACAUGCCCUCCAUCCUCAUCACCAUCCUAUCCUGGGUGUCGUUCUGGAUAAAUUAUGAUGCCUCGGCUGCCAGAGUUGCAUUAGGGAUCACCACUGUCCUGACCAUGACAACCAUCAACACCCAUUUAAGAGAGACUCUGCCCAAGAUCCCCUACGUCAAAGCUAUCGACAUGUACCUGAUGGGCUGCUUUGUGUUUGUCUUCUUGGCUCUGCUGGAAUACGCCUUCGUCAACUACAUCUUCUUUGGAAGAGGUCCUCAGAUGCAGAAGAAACUGGCUGAGAAGGCACAGAAGGCGAAUAAUGACCGGGAAAAAUUUGACAGACCCAAGUCCGUUCUGGAAGGCGGCAAUUGCAAGUCCUCGUCCGUUAAACAGUCCAAUCAGGUAGAGGGCCGUCGUCACUCACGGCGGGUCGACUCCCAGGGGAACAUUUUGCUGACAACCUUGGAGAUCCACAACGAGGUGGGAGGGAACGAGAUCACGACCACGCUGAGCGAGACCCACAACUCCUCCUCCAUGGUGUUCGACAACUCGGGGGUCCAGUACAGGAAGCCGAGCACGCCGCGAGAGCCCGGCCGCCUCAGCCUGGACAGGAACGCCCACCUAAAGAAAACGCGCCUGCGGAGACGAUCCUCGCAGCUCAAAAUCAAAAUCCCAGACCUGACCGACGUGAACGCCAUCGACAGAUGGUCGCGGAUUAUUUUCCCCUUCACCUUCUCCCUCUUCAACGUAAUCUACUGGCUUUACUACGUCAACUAA